AUGAGUCGUAAUUCUCUUCUUAUGCGUGUUCGUCAAGUGGCAUCGCCACGCAAGUCAGCAAUGGCACGACUUGAACGAGUUCAAAAGAUUAACAAAGUCAGCAAGUCUUUAUUCGGACCCGUCAUUAAAAGUGAAUUCCGAAGAUUCGCUCAGAUGGAAAUGACCAAAUACCAGUUACAGGCAUCAUAUAAGUGGAGCUUUGACUUUGCAAAAGAAUCACCGAUUGCACACGUUAACAGUCAACUGAAAUGGGAACCAACGUCGCUGUCAAAUAUUCCCAAAUUUUAUCAUCACACCACCCAUUCGAUGGGAUUGUCAUCACACUACCAGCCAAUAACUGCACUCGAGUCAUCAAACAGACAUGUUCAGAUGUUCACUGGAUGUGAAAAUAUUUGUCCUUUGAUGCAGAACAUCAGUGAACCUUCAAUUAUUCUUCAGAAUCCUCUGUCAGUUAGUAAACGGAAAACUGUCGCAUCAACGAGUUUUGCAACAAAAAAAGUGUGUGGAAGUCAACGAAAAAUUACAGGUAAGUCUAUAAACACAUUCCAGAAGUAA